CUGAAGAUGUGUGCAACCAAGAGAAUCAUUUGUCUGCUGCUCUGCUGCAGCUGGGCGCAGGCGCAGCUGGAGUCGCAGGAGGGCAAGAUAGACUGGCCCUGGACGCGGCAAAACAAGACGCAAAAGGUGCCGCUGCAGGCGCAGUCGCAGUCGCCAGUACAGCUGCCGAAUUUCGACUUCGCGGAGAUGGACAUAAGCAGUUUUCAGUCGGGCUUUGAGCGGCAUCCGUGCCGGAGAGUGUGCCAGCAGGGUCAGUCGCAGCGCUGCUAUUACCAGCUGGUGGUGCACAACUAUAGACGCUUGGGUGCGGAGUGCCAGCGGUGUCAGUAUGAUGAGCGCGCCUGUGCGCAGGAGCAGUGCAUCUAUGGCGAUGGUGUGCCCAAUCCGGUGAUGGCCGUGAAUCGGCAAGUGCCCGGACCGCCCAUAGAGCUUUGCGAAAACGACACGGUGGUGGUGGAUGUGCUCAACUAUCUGAGUGAGCCGACGACGAUGCAUUGGCAUGGCGUCCACAUGUCGCGCACGCCGGAAAUGGAUGGCGUCGGCUAUGUGACGCAGUAUCCGGUGCAGCCGGGCGAGGUGUAUCGCUAUGAGUUUCUGGCGGAUCGCAGCGGCACCUUGUGGUAUCACAGCCACAUGGGCUGGCAGCGUGGCUUUGGCGAUGCUGGGUUGUUCCUGGUGCGGCAGCCGCAUCAGGCCAAUCCGCAUGCGCGGCUCUAUGACUACGAUCUGGUGGAGCAUGCGCUGAUGGUGCAGGACAUAUUCUAUGACUAUCAGCUGCAGGAGGUGCGCAACAUACUGAUCAAUGGCAAGGGACGCAAUCAUCAGAGUCAGCUGCCGGAUCAGGAUCCGCGUCAUCGCUACGAGCGGAUAAAGGUCACUCCCGGCUAUCGCUACCGCAUGCGUGUCGUGCUCAAUGGCGUGCUCAACUGUCCCGUGGAGUUCAGCAUUGAGCAGCACAAGCUGCUCAUCAUCAGCGCCGAUGGCAACGACAUUGUGCCCGUUCUUGCCGAUGGCUUCUUCCUCACCUCGGCCGAGCGCUUUGACUUUGUGCUGGAGGCCAAUCAGUAUACCAAAAACUUUUGGAUACGUCUGCGUGGCUAUGAGCAGUGUGAGCAGCGCAAGCUUUACCAAGGCGCCGUGCUCAGCUAUCGUGGCGCCGCCAAAAGCGCGCUGCCUCCCAACGAUAUACUCCAGCGCCAGCCCCAGCCCCAGCAGGGCAGAUCUCUACCUGAACCGCGGCUUAUCAUCAACGAUUAUCGCUACGCCAAUGCUACGUUUACAGCACAACGCCAGUCACAGUUACGUCAAGCUGGCAUCGGCGGCGGCGCCGCAACUGCUCCUGCUCCCAAGGAUGUGGGCACUGUCUCGCUACGCUCGCUGCAACCCGUGCCCUGGCCACGUUACUCCAAGUUUCUUACCUACUAUUCCCAUCUGAGCAUACGCCAAGCGGCCAAUGGCGAGCUGCUCUUUCAAACCGACGAGAUCAGCUUUGACACUUCGGGCAUUUCGCUGCUCCAAGGGCGUCAGCUUUAUCGAGAUGACGCUCACUACUGCAAUCGCAGCUCGCUGGCUGCCCAGGGACGCAGCUGCGCACGUGAGACCUGCGAAUGCGUUCACGUCAUACGGCUGCCCGCCUAUCGCGCCAUCGAAAUCGUUGUGGUCAACCACAUGGACUCAACGCAUCCCAUACAUAUGCAUGGCUAUACUUUCCGCGUUGUGGCUCAACGUGUGCUGGGCAAUCAGAACGAUCUGCGAAACAUUCAAGAGCUGGAUCGCCGUGGUCAGUUGCCACGCCUGUCAGAUGACUACGCUGCCGUUGAGAAGGACACUGUGCAGGUGCCAGCCCUGGGCUAUGUCAUACUGCGCUUUAUAUCCGACAAUCCGGGCUUCUGGAGCUACCAUUGUCACAUUGAGUCCCAUGCUAUUCAGGGCAUGACCGCUGUACUCAAAGUGGGCGAGAAUCAUCAAAUGAAGCGUAUUCCGGCCAAGGUGCGCUGUUAACAGUUUUUUUUAAAGCCAAUUUUUUUUUAUUUAUAUAUUUUAAUUACUAAGCUAAUUUUUAUUU